GCAGAAAUUCGAUAAUCAUACAUUUAUCGUUUUUUAUCGCAGUUUUCUCUGAGCGACCUUUAUAAACAAACAUCUUAAUGUGAAUUUGUAGAUUGCAGUUAUUUUAAUAAAAUAAUUUUAUUAAAAACAAAGAACAAUUCAUACUACACAUUCUCUUUAAUAUAUCAUAAAUAAAAGAAAAUGACGUGCCGUUUAUGCUUGCAUAAUACAGAUAAUUUAUUGUCUAUUUUCACUGACAAUGGAGAUAUUGCCAAAAAGGUAGUCGUGGAUACACUAGAACAACAUUUAAAAUUAAAGAUUCAGUUUAAUGACAAGGUGUCCAAUAAAAUAUGUUUAGACUGCUGGCAACAUAUUCAAAACUUUCACACAUUCUGGCUAAGAAUAGAUGAGAAACAACGAUCACUAGAAACAAUACUAGAUUGUCCACAAAUUAAACAAGAAAAGAAUGUAGAAUAUAAUUCAUAUGAACAUGUAAAUUCAGUAAAUAAGGACAAUUUAUUAAUUGAGCCCGAAUUGAACAUUAAUGACAUUAAAAAUGAACAUGGUGAGGGAAUGAGAGUUGACUCGCCAUUACUCUUCAAUGUACCCGCAGAAGUUGAAGACGUUCCCUCAACAUGCACGUUCUGUGGUCGUUCCACAAGUGAAUAUCUAAAACUCAAAGAAAUACUUCAGACACAGAAUAAAACGGUGCUAGAAACAUUACAGCACCAAUCUGUGCUGAUACAUAGUCUUGUACGCCAAGAAGAGGUAUCAAGUUCGGCGCUAGAAGAAUUUCCGAUCGAUAACCGUGAACAGUUAGAAGAAAUAGACGCUAAAAUCAACGAAGACAACCGAGACACAUAUGUAAGAGUCAUGAAAUCAAUUAUACGGAAUCAAAUUAAUAAAAAUAUCAAGAGCGUACUAACGGAAAAGCUUAUUAUGGAUUUCAAUUUGGAUGGUACACACGGCAAAGGUCGGCUGAAGGAUUAUAAAAAUUUUUAUGGAUCAUUCAGAGAAGCCGUAGAAACGUUUGAUCCUGAACGUUCUAUUCGUCACGCGCUGCAAUUAGCCAAAAAACGAUAUUUUCAAAGCACAUGUACAAGUAAUAAAAAAAUGAAAUUUGCCGAAUAAAGGUUAACAGGAAAUAUUAUUCGCUUGGGAAUAAAAGUGUAUCAUAUAAAAAGCUAAGCAACAUUUUUUUUAAUAUAUAAUUUUGGCUAGUACACAUAGCAAUAAGAAACUGCAGACUUUCUUUUGCAAAAUAUUUUAAUGGAAGAAUUUUCGAAAUGGGAAUUUUUUUAAUGACAUACGUAAUUCAAUAAUUUUACUUACAUUUUAUAUCUUAGUAUUUCGUUAUUUGUAACUGCCGAUAGAAAUAAUAGAGUUACUUUCCAAUGCGAUAAAUUUUAGUAUUCAGUACUAAAUUACGAAAAAUUUGUAUAAUUUUUUUAUAUUGAAGAUGUAACUUAAACAGCAGCAAUUACAUAUACAAAAUGAAAGUCUGAAAAACAUCUAUUCAGUCCCUUUUUAAUGUCGUUUGUCAUUAUUUUAACUUUUAUAGUGAAUAAAUAUGAACGGGCCAAAAU